AUGACAUCAAUAAAGUAUCAACUUGACCUGUACUUAUCUCUUGUACCUUGCUUGUACCUUCGCUUGUACCUUAUCAAAUGGAAUCUGUGGUGUCUUUUGAAGAUAACUGGCGACGACAAGACGAAAUUAGCGAGUAUGAAAAGGAAGCGACCCGAUCUCAUCUAUUCAAAAAGUACUUCAAAUUCAGAAGAAUGUUUGUCUCCCUUCGCUUCAUUCACUGCAAUAUUGUUUGUUGAACACGUACAAACUUGUACCUUAUCCACUUGUACCAUCACUUGUACCUUUAUCUUCUCUGUACCGUUCUCUGUACCUUUACCUCCUCUGUGCCUUUACCUCCUCCACCCUUCCUUUAUCGAUGCUAACCGCGGUACCAUUACCGAUAGCAGGCUUUCUUACAGUCACUUGUAUCUAGCACAGCACCAAAUACGAAAGCAUUUCAAUGCUCAUCUUUAUAUGCCCAAUAUCUUUGUCAGUCAUUAG